AUGCGCCCCAUCCGCCCAACUACUCAUGCAUCCCUCCCCGCGUGGCAGUGCGCCAAGUACCGCGAGCAGCCGGAGCUGCUGGACCCGCACCUCGCCGCGCUGCUCUCCCCCGCCAUGACCUGCCUCUCCGCUCACGCGCUCGCCGCCGCCGCCGCGCUGCCCUCCGCGCUUGCAGGAGGCUCCUCGGGGUCGGGGGAACUCGAGCGGGCGAUGGGGGAGGCGGAGGCGCAGCGGAUGGUGCGGGAAGUGGCGGGGGCGGCGUGCGUGGUGCAGGUGGUGGCGUACGUGCGCGGCGCGAAGGUGGCGGGGUCGGAGGUGGGGGUGGCGGUGGAGGCGGCGGAGCAGUGGCGCGUGCACUACGCGCUGCUGUCGUGGCUCUCGCACCUGCUGCUGUUGCCCUUCUCCCUCCCCUCCCUCGACUCCAACCUCUUCGCCCCCCAACCCCCCGCCUCCCUGCAACCCUCCUCCACGUCCUCUUCCCUCGUAGACUCCUCCCAACCGCCACCAGCAGCAGCAGCGGCAGCACCCGUGGCGUCCCAUGUGCUCCACCGCCUCCUACCACUCCCCACCGCUGCAUGGGAAGGGAGGUUGUCAGAAGCAUGGUCGCUGCCCGACGUGCUGCUGCGCGUGUGCCUCUCCUUCCUGCCCAACGGCCGCCUGUCCGUCCCCCUCAUGCUCGCCCGCCUCCUCUCCCGCCCCGAAAUGCACUCCCCCCUCGCCUGGUUCAUGGAAGAGAGUCGCCGCCUUGUGGCCUCGCUCUCUGCCGCCCUGCCAUCGCCAGCCGCUCUUCCGGACGGCCCGCCAGGCAGGGGAGAGGGAGCAGCAGUGGUGGCAGUGGAGGAGGGGAAGGAGCGGGUGGCACUGUCGGAGGAGCUGCUGGCCCCUGUCGUCCUCACCCUCGCCGCCAUCUUCAAGACAGCCCCACGUGCAGAGCUCACUCACCACACACACCCAGUGUGGGCCGCCGUCCUCCUGCCCCUCCUCCACUCCACCUCGCCCGCCAACCUUCCCCACUCCGCGGGCUCCUCUCCCCACCCCAUGUGCGCGCGUCCUGUCUCACUGCUGCUCCCCCUGGCCCUCGUGAAGCUGCUCCAUCGCCUCGCCCUCUCCCUUCUGCCGCCCCGCCAGCCCUCCUGGCGCUACCAGCGCAGCAUCCAUCGGGUGGACGCCCCCCCCUCUGCAGCCCCCCCCGCGCCCUUGCCAUCGCCAGCAGCAGGAGGUGCUGGGCCGGGUGCGGAACAGGGGGUGGCGGCAAGUGCGGAAGGAGUGGGAGGGGCGGAGGAGAGAGAGCUGGGGCGGAGGGAGGGGGAGGGGGAGGGGGAGGAAGAGGGGGAGGAGGAAGAGGAAGAGGAGGUGGCGGAGCUGGUGGAGGAGGCGGUGGGGGAGCUGCUGCCCAUGCUCAAACACGAGUCAACGGAUGUGCGGUGGGCGGCAGCGCGCGGCCUGUCGCGGGUGGUGGGUGGCUUGCCAGCAGGCAUGGCGGACGAAGUGGUGGCGGCCGUCAUUGCCUUGGUGGACCCGCACGAGUCGCCCACCUGCCGUUACUGCAAGAAAACGGGUCACACCAUCGAUGAAUGCUUCAAAUUGAAGAAGAAGAAAGAGCUUGAAGAAAGCUCUAAACGGGAGAAAUCCGUCUUCCAACCCUCGGUGCAUGUCUCCACCAGCUCCUCUGCUGAAGCUACUCCGACCCCCACACCCCCUCCUGCCCCAUCAACCCCUCAGUCCGUACCUGAUUCCCGGUACGUGGACAUUGCUGUCAGCACCAGCCACCACCCCAUCUUCUCCACAUGGACUCCUCUCGUCGCUGCUGUCUUCAUUCUCACCAUCCUCCUUCUCCUCCUCCUCUUCCCUUAUGGGGCUCCCUACGCAUCGGCAUUCACGGCCUCCUCAUUCAAUAUGGAGCGGACUUCGUCGUGGCUGGUGGACAGCGGCGCAUCCUCCCAUAUCUGCUCGGAUCGUUCGCUGUUUUCGUCUCUCAAGAAGCCCAACGAAGAGAUCCUUGUUCGUUUUGGUGGAGGAGAGACUUACAAGGUCUUGGGAGUCGGCACGGUGGUGGCUACUCUUCGGUCACCAACAUCGGAAACCACCAUUCAGCUUGACAACGUUCUAUUUCUCCCUUCAUCAGUUCACAAGCUGCUCUCUGUUCGUGCGCUUGGUGCUGCCGGCGUUGCCGUCUCGUUCCCCGCUGCUGGGCGCGUUGUUCUCACAUCUGAUGACGUUCCUAUUGGCGAGGGCUACACCCGCAACAAUCUGUUUUAUCUUCAACUGCAUCAUGAGAGCAGUGCUGCUCCUUCUAUCAAGCCAACUGCAUGUCCAGCCUCCACCACCACCUCCUCGUACCUCUGGCAUCGUCGUUUCGGGCAUCUCAACAUGCAGGCCUUGUCAACACUUCAUCGGCAGCAGCUGGUCACUGCCCUCUGCACCGCCUUCCGACGACUCUCGCGACCCUCCAUCGUCAUCUCCACCCACAUCCUCCUCACUACCUCCUCCUACACACCCUUCUUCCUUGGACCCAAUCUCCCCUCCCUCUCCUUCCCCCACCAUACCUUCCUCCACCAACCCCCACCCACAAUCCCCAAACCUGCCCGCACCAGCCACAUCUUCUCCUCCUCCAUGUUUUCCAACCUUCCUCUGCCCUCGACGCCGCAAGACUUUCACCUUCCAUCCUUCUCUCCUCCCUCUUCGCCUCCCCCUCCCCAUUGCACGACUCGCUCCUCCCCGCCAUCCCCUUCAGCUCUUCCCGAUCCUUCCCUUUUCUCCUUCCUCAAGGUCUUACCAUCCCCUUCCGAACCCAUUGACUUCACUCUUCCUCCUCUUUCCAACACCUCUGCCAAUGCUGCCCUUCACCAUCAUUACGAACCUCAAACCAUUCAUGAGGCUCGUACCGGCCCUGAUGCUGCCGAAUGGAUCAAGGCUUCUGAUGCGGAACUCGCUGCCCUGCACGCUAAUGACACCUACAGCAUUCUACCAUCGGACAGUGCAUGGCAGGGCGUGUGUCUGGCACUCGCAGAGCUGGCAGCCAGAGGGCUGCUGCUGCCGUCGCGCCUGCACUCCGUCACGCCGCUCCUCGCCUCCGCGUUGCACUACGAGGUGUUGCGGGGGGCGGUGGGCACGGGGGCGCAUGUGCGCGAUGCAGCGGCGUAUGUGUGUUGGGCCAUCGCCCACUCCUUCUCACCGCCCGUUGCUGCUGCCUCCCUGCAGCAGCUAUGCCCUCACCUCCUCGCCGUUGCCUGCUGUGACCGCCAGAUGAAGUGCAGGUGGGCGGCAGCAGCGGCCUUCCAGGAGGUGGUGGGCCGCUUUGGCUGCAUCUCCGACGCCCAAGCGCUCUCCACACCCACCACCCGAGGCACACCCCAUGCCUCCACCAGAGGACCUAGCCAAGGAGGUGAUGCGGUGGAGAGUGGUGCGGAGAAGGAGGAGCAGUGGGUGCCAGCAGGGGGCAUCGCCAUAGUGAAUGCGGCUGACGUCACGUCGCUGUCAUCCACUCGCACUGCAUUCACUCAGGUGCCCACCACAGCCGCAUCUGUCAGUCUGAGAAGCCUUCUUUGUCCUCAUCUGCCUUUGCCCUUUAGCACAUGCACAUGCACCACACACGUGCCCCCGUUACCAUCAUUUCUCCUCGCCUCCCAUAUCUCCUCCUGCCUCUCCUCCUGCUGUCCCCCCUGCUUCCAGGUGGCACUAUUCGUGGCAGGCUAUCCGGAGUACCGCGAGCAGCUGUUGCUCAAGCUAGCAGCCAGCACGCACCACUGGGACAAGGCCAUCCGCGCCCUCGCAGCUGAAUCCCUCGCCGCCAUUGUCCCUCUUGACCCGCCCCGCCUCCUCUCCCUCUUGCACCUACACCUCCUCCCCCUGCUCGCCUCCCCCGACCCCCCCCUCCCGCCAUGGGGCUCUCCUGGCCACCGCAGCCCUCCUCCCGCCCCUCUCCGCCUCCCCGCCCUCCCCGGCCCUCUCAGACACCCUCUCCUCACUCACCGCCUCCCUCCCCACGCUGCUCGCCCCGCGCUCCUUCCGAGGGCGCCUAGCUGCGGAUCUCAAGGGGAUGGGGGGGAGCUGCAGUGUGCGCGGGCGCGCUUUGUCUCGUCAAUCCAGGAGGCAGCAGCAGCAGCCCUGUGGGACCUCGCUCGCACCCAGCAUUCCCCUGCUUGCACAGACUUUGCUCGCCAAAUAAUAACGCGCCACGUGGCGACUCUGGAGUCCGCCAGCUCAGCAGCGAGUGCGAGGCGAGGCGCUGUGCUGGCGCUGCAGUGCUUCCUGCCCAGCCUCUGCCCCGCCUGGCCCUCCGCCUCUCCCCUUGACUCCCCUGCUGCUGGCACUGAUAACGUGGGGCUAGGUGUGGGGGGCGCAAACACAGGGCUAGAGGACGGAGAAAGACAUGGGGAGACGGAGGGGAGAGGGGGUGAGGGAGGGGUGGAUGAGGGUGAGAGGUCAAGGCGCGAGCUGGCAGAGCGGGUGGUGAAGGCGCUGUGUGCUGCUGCCACCGACAAUACACCCUUAGGAUCGGAUCUCCAGUCCCUUAUCAUUUCCUCCAACCACCCAUCCGUCACCCACGCUGCAACAACCUCCCACCCCUUAUCCUCCCUGUCAUCCCUGCAGCGGGGGCGUCGUGCUGUGACUGACGUGGCAGUGCGGGCGGCAGCGGUGGAGGCACUGGGUAAUGCAGCGAGCAUCAUUCCCCUCUUGCAGGCCGGUGGGGCAGGCGCAAGGGGGCACACAGGGACGGGUGGGGGAGAUGGGGCAGAAGCGGAAGGGGAGGGCGAGAAGGAGGAGGUUGAGGUGAGCAGGCAGGGUGGGUUAGAAGGGCGUGGGUGGUGGGAGGAGGGGGGGGAGAGUGUGGUAAUCGCGUUGCUGCGAGCAGCACAGGACUACACGGAGGACCAGCGCGGCGAUGUGGGCCGCCUCGUGAGGGAAGCUUCCAUGAAAGCGCUGGUGGCGUGGGUGGAAGAAGUGUACAGAUUGAGAGAGGUGGGGGAAGGCGAGGUGGGAAAUGCACCAAGUAACACUGACGCAGCACCUGACGCCCCAUCGUCUCAGCGGCGGCACAUUGGGGUUGGGGAAUGGUGCAGAGCGGUGGCAGGGCGGGUGGUGGGCGUGCUGCUGAAGCAGGCGGGGGAGAAGAUUGACGGCACCCGCAAGGUGGCGGGGCAGGGGCUGCAGCGGCUGCUGUGGGGGAGCAAGCACGGUGCAGCGAUGGCAGGGACACAAGAGACAAGAGGGGAAGCAGGGACUGCAGAGGCAGUUGAGGCACGUGGUGCUGGUGGCAGCACGCAGGGGGCAUCAGGUGGAGGCGGGGAGGAGACGGAUGGAGGAGGCGCAGUGAGUCAAUGCGUGGGCGGCACGGCACAAGGGAGCGGUGUGUGCAGGGAUGUGGAUGGGUGGGAGCAGCUGAGGCAGCACGUGCCCUCCGACCCUCACUUCGCAUGGAAGAAUCCUGCGGCUGUCUUUCCCCGUCUGGCCCCGCUGCUGCUGCUGCCAGCCUACCGCCUGCCACUGCUAUCAGGGCUGCUUCUCUCCGCGGGCGCUCUCUCCCACUCCCUCACUGCCGCCUCCCUGCGCGCCCUGCUCUCUCUCAAACCAGCUGAGGGGACACAGGGGGCUAUGAGGGGGACAGGAGAGGGGGGAGAUGGUGGGCAGUGGGAGGAGGUGCAGGGGCGGAUAGCAGAGGACGUGGUGGUGCUGCUGAGGCGGCACCGCAAGCAGAAUCGAGUCAUAAUCCCGUACAUCAAGGCCAUCGCUGCUGUACUUGAGGCGGAUUUCUUUGGGUCGUUAUCAGCAGACACCCCGGCUUCAGCAGACACCCCGGCUUCAGAUGACCCUGCCACUCCCACCACCUCCCUCGCGGCUCUACCUGGGGUGUUGGUGGGGAGUGUGGAGGAGGAGCUGUGCCGCCCACAGCCCACGGCAUCGGUGCCCAAGAUGCUGGCGGCCGUCGACCUGCUCUGCCACCUCGCCGCCCCCCUCUGCUCUGCCCGCCAGCAUGCCCUCUCCACGCUACUCUGGCUGCUCGCCGUGCGCUUCCCCACUGUUCGAAGGCACUGUGCAGAGCAACUGCAUUACAGUCAUGCACGCGCCGUUCCGCCUCCCCUGCAUCUCCCUCCAUUCUCACUCUCCGCUCUCAACCUUAUUCCGCUCCCUCUUCUCAAUUUGCAUCUCAUCCUCCCUUUUUCCGUAUUGCGCCUUCUACUUCUCAUUCCGCCCAUGCCUCUCCCAUCCCCCCUUCUCCGCCACCAUGUGCGCGGAGCAGUUGUGGUUCCACGCGAGCUGCAUCUUCAAGGCGCCGGGAUUCAUCACCAAGUCAGUGCCCCCCUGCCCCUCCUGCCACCAAUGCUCCCCUGCUCCCCUGCUCCCAUGCUCGUCUGCUCGUCUGCUCCUAUCCCCUUUACCGCCUCUGUCUCUGCCCCUUCCGCACGGUUCUCCCUAGCACCGUCGCCUCUCAACGCCACGACGUAUCCCCUCCCGUCUCCCCCUGCCAGCGUGGGCGACGUGGAGGGCGCGGACGUGCUGCGCUGGGAGGACCAGCAGGCGCUCCGGGCGUACGCCAAGGGGGAGAGGGGCGCGCAGGGCGCGCAGGGCGCGGGGGGCGAGGGGAAAGCGGAGAAAGCAGGGAAAGCAGGCAAAGGGGGAAAGGGGAAGGCUGCUGCGGCUGCGGGGGCGAAGAGUGACGGGGGGAAGAGCGAAGGGAAAAGCAAGGGGAAAAGGGGGAAGGCAGUGGCGGAUGAUUCAGGUUCGGAGGGGGAAGGAGCAGCGGCGGGGACGGUGGCUGGCUUUCAGGUGGCGUAUGCUGCAAGCAACCGGUCGGCGUGUCGGCACUGCAAUGAGAAGAUCGCCAAGGGCGAGAAUGGAAAAAUUAACGUGCCACUCCGUGCUGCCACUGCGUGCACCUGUCCUCUGCCACUGCGUGCACCUGUCCUCUGCCACUGCGUGCACCUGUCCUCUGCCACUGCGUGCACCUGUCCUCUGCCACUGCGUGCACCUGUCCUCUGCCACUGCGUGCACCUGUCCUCUGCCACUGCGUGCACCUGUCCUCUGCCACUGCGUGCACCUGUCCUCUGCCACUGCAUGCACCUGUCCUCUGCCACUGCGUGCACCUGUCCUCUGCCACUGCGUGCACCUGUCCUCUGCCACUGCGUGCACCUGUCCUCUGCCACUGCGUGCACCUGUCCUCUGCCACUGCGUGCACCUGUCCUCUGCCACUGCGUGCACCUGUCCUCUGCCACCCGUGAACCGCAGCUGCGAGUGGCGCGCAUGGAGGCGUCGAGUCGCGGCAUGGAGGUGCCGGCAUGGCGCCACGCGGCGUGUGUGGGGGACGAGGGCAUCUGGCCCCAAGGGGCGCGCGUGCAGGCCGUGCAGGGGUGGGGCGAGCUUCAAAAGGAGGAUCAGCAGCGCCUGCUGCAGCUGCUGGGAGGGGGUGCUGAGGGGAAGAGCACGGGGGGAGAGCCCCCCAAGAAGCGGCAGCGAGGGGCGGAGCAGGACGGAGGAGGCGAGGAAGGCAGCAAGCGCAAGGGCAAGGGGAAAGAGGACGCCAAGCCACAGGACGCAGGGAAGGGCGAGGAGGGGAAGAUGAGCUUGGAGCUAGAGCGGGCGUUGGAGCAGCAGGCUCGGCGGGUGUGGGAGGUGAAGGACCAGCUGCGCGCCCACCUGACUGUAGUAGACAUGCGCGCCAUGCUGGAGGCCAAUCAGCAGGAGCCAGGUGGCAGCGAGGAUGCCCUGAGGGAGCGGUGUGCGGACGGCAUGCUGUUUGGCCCCCUGCCGCCCUGCCAGCUGUGCGCGUCCCCCAUGGAGUACUGGGACGGGCGGUACCGCUGCCGCGGGUUCCUCUCCGCUUGGUCUGCUUGCACCUUCUCCACUCGCGACGUGCAGCGCAAGGAAGCUGCCUGGGUGCUUCCUGAUGAGAUUACCAACCCGUUUGUUGAUGUGAGUAGACGGGAGUACCGGGCAGAACAGCAGCGGCGGUUCAAAGCAGCCGACAAGGGCAAGGGCAAGGGGCGGGGCAAGGGGAAAGGCAAGGGGAAGGCGGAGGGGAGCGAGGCGGGGGAGGAGGGGGCGAGUGUGUGGCCGCAGCGGGUGCUGCCCCCAGAGGAGAAGCGCAGCGAGGUGAAGCAGGCGAGCACGGCAGGGGCAGGCAGGAAGGAAGCGAGCCGGGGGAAGGGCGGUAGAGCAGCGAGGGAGGCGCGGGAGGCAGCGAUACCGGAUGGGGGAGUGGAGCGUGAGAAGCCGCUGGAGGGGGUGCAUGUGGCGCUGGUGGGGCGCCUAUCCCGCACCCAGGUGGCGUGGCGCAAGGAGAUUGAGGAGGGUGGUGGUGCUGUGGUGCCGUUGACGAGCGCGGACGUGGACUGCAUUGUGUCUACUGAGGCAGACGUGGAGAAGAAUGAGGACAAGCUCCUGCCGCCCCUCGUCCUGGGAGCGUCGGUGGUCUCAGAGGACUAUCUGCUCGAAUCGCUCGCGCAGAAGCGCCGCCUGCCCAUGCGCGCGUACCUGCUGCCCCUCUCGCUGCAGCUGGUGCAGGACGUGGACGCCAAUCGCCCUGCCGGGAAGCAGAGCAGGGCUGGGGGGAAGGGCAAGGGCAGGGCGGGCGAGGGGGAGGAGCAGGUGCGGGCGACGGUGCGAGUGAAGGGGCGCGCGGCGGUGCAUGAGGCGUCGGGGCUGGCGGAGAGGGGCCACGUGCUGGAGUGCCAGGGGUGCGUGUGGAGCACCACUCUCUCCCUCGCUGACCUCUCCACCGGCGCCAACAGCUACUACAUCCUGCAGGUGAUAGAGGACGACAAGUCAUCCAGGUGCCACGUGUUCCGCAAGUGGGGGCGUGUGGGCAACGAGGCCAUCGGGGGCAGCAAGCUGGAGCAGGAGAGUCGCGAGCAGGCAAUGGGGUUGUUCAAGCGGCUGUUCAAGGAGAAGACAGGCAACGACUGGGAGGCUUGGCAGAAGAAAGAAGGCUUUGAGAAGCAACCGGGGAAGUUCUACCCUCUUGAGAUUGACUAUGGAGGAGGGGACGAGGAGGAGGAGCAGGGCGGGGCCGUGAUGGGCACAAGGAGCAAGCUGGAUGGCCGGCUGGUGGCGCUGCUUAUGAUGAUCUUCGACCUCAAGUCCAUCAGGGAGGCGAUGGUGGAGUUUGAGAUCAACGUGAGGGAGAUGCCGCUGGGCAAGCUCACCAAGCGCCACAUAGAGCGCGGCUUUCAGGUGCUCACGGACGUGCAGGCCGCCCUGCAGCUGCCGCCCGACAGCACGGGGCGGAGGGAGAGCGCCAUCGUGGACGCGUCGAACCGCUUCUUCACUCUCAUCCCCACCGUCAACCCUGCUGCCAUCCGCACACUCGAGGCGCUCACCACCAAGAUUCGCAUGCUGGAAGCACUGAGGGACAUGGAGGUGACGUCCACGCUGCUGAGUGCGAGCAAGGGGGCGGGCGAGGGCGAGGGGGGGGAGAAGGAGGACCCGGUGGACCGCCACUACCGCCAGCUACAGUGCGGCCUGUCGCCCCUGGAGCCCAGCGAUGCUGAUUACUCCCUCGUUAAGGACUACCUGCACAAGACGCAUGCGCCCACUCACAAGGAGUGGGAGUUGGAGCUGCUGGACGUGUUCCGCGUGGAUCGCAGUGGGGAGAAGCAGGCCUUCCGUGCCGACAUCAAGAACCACAUGCUGCUGUGGCACGGAUCACGAGUGACCAACUAUGUGGGCAUCUUGAGUCAGGGCCUGCGCAUCGCACCACCAGAGGCACCAGUUACCGGCUACAUGUUUGGCAAGGGAGUGUAUUUCGCGGACCUGGUGAGCAAGAGCGCGCAGUACUGCUUCACCAGCCCCGACAGCAACAUCGGCCUGCUGCUGCUCUCCCGUGUGGCGCUUGGUGCUCUCUAUGAGCUCACGUCCGCCGAGUAUGUGGAGAAGCUGCCACGGGGAAAGCACGCAACCAAGGGGCUGGGGAUGAUGAAGCCCAAGGAGGCCGAGUUUGUCAAGUGGGCCUCCGAUGUCGUCGUGCCCUGUGGCAAGCCCGUGCCUUCGGGGGUGAAGAACAGCCACCUGCGCUACAAUGAGUUCAUCGUCUACGAUACAUCACAGCUGGCGGCGGUGCUGCAGCAGCUGCUGCUGCCGGACAACGAGUCGCGCAAGGCGGCGGAGGCGGCGUUCAAGCAGCUCUCUAAGGACCCCGCCGUGCUGCUCGCGCUGCUGCACUUCCUCAAGGCGGGCCCCUCGCCCGACGUGCGCCAGCUCGCCGCCGUGCUCAUGCGCAAGAAGGUCGCGGGGCUGUGGGCGCAGCAACCCGCCGAGGCCAAGGCCAGCAUCAAAUCCGCACUCCUCGAGAGCAUCGCGCUCGAGCCCAGCCCUGUCGUGCGCCGCGCCAGUGCUGACGUGGCGAGCGUGAUUGCGAAGCACAGCGUGCCUAACGGCGAGUGGCCGGAGCUGCUGCCGUUCCUGCUGCAGUGCUCGCAGGGGCAGCAGGAGGACCACCGCGAGCUGGCGUUCAUUCUGUUCGCGGCGCUGGUGGAGACGAUCGGCGACGUGCUGCGACCGCACUUCCCCGCGCUACACGGCAUCUUCGUCGCGGGCCUGCGCGACCAGGCCAGCGCGCGAGUGCGCGUCGCCGCGCUCAAGGCCGUGGCGGCGUUGGUGGAGUACCUUGACAGCGAGCAGGACGUGACUCUGAUGCGCGAUCUGGUGGCGCCGAUGCUGGACGUGGGGCGGUUCUCGGCGGGGAGCGGCGACGAGGCGACGGUGGUGCGCGUGUGCGAGGUGGUGACGGAGCUGGCGGAGCACCCCGCGCCCGUCAUCGCGCCCUCGCUGCCCGCCGUCAUCCAGUUCGCGCUCGAACUCGCUAGCAACACGCACCUCGAACCCGCCACGCGCUUCCAGGCAGCGCAGGUGGUGGCGUGGUGCGCGGCGUGGAAGGCCAAGUGGUUGGCGAAGCAGAAGCUGGUGCCCGUCAUCCUCGCCGCCAUGGCGCCGCUGCUCGCCGAGCCCUGUGGCGAGACGGACUCGGAGCAGGACGAGGAGUACGACCUCUCGCCCAUGCGCUUUGCCGCCCAGGCCAUAGACGCGGUGGCGAUGGAGGCGCCGCGCAAGCAUGUGUUCCCGCCUGUGCUGGCGUUCGCCCGCGCACACAUCACGGACACCAACCCCCACAUGCGCUACGCCGCUGUCAUGGCCCUGGCUGUCAUCACCGAGGGGUGCUGUGAGGCAGUGCGCGGGCGGCUGGAGUCAGACGUGCUGCCAUUGGUGGUGGCGGGGCUGGGAGACGCGCAUCCCAAGGUGCGGGGGGCGGCGUGCUUCGCGGUGGGGCAGCUGUCGGAGUUUGUGCAGCCCGAGGCGUCGGAGCACUACAAGAUCAUCCUGCCCGCUGUCUUCGCCGCCCUCAAUGACGCCUCGCCCGUUGUCAGGGAGAAGGCGUACUACGCGUUAGCAGCGUUCUGCGAGCACAUGGGGGACGAGAUCCUGGAGUUCCUGGACCCGCUCAUGCGCCAACUCAUGGACGCCCUGCGCUCGCCCGACCGCAACCUGCAGGAGAUGUGCAUCUCCGCCAUAGGAUCAGCGGCAGCAGCAGCAGGUCCCAAGUUCGCGCCAUACAGUGACGCGGUGCUGGCGGCGCUCAUCCCGCUCGUGUCCCUCACAGCGGAGGCGGACGUGGACGUGCGGUCACGCGCGUACGAGCUGGUGGGCAUCAUUGGGAUCGCCGUGGGGCGGCAAGCGGUGGAGCCCGUGCUGCCCGGCUUCAUGGACGCCGCUCUCAAGGGCUUCGCCCUGGACCAGAGUGCGCUGAGGGAGUAUGCCCACUCCUUCUUCAGCGACGUCGCCAAGUUCCUCGAAGCUGACUUCGCCCCC